AUGCUAAGGUUUUUAACUUUUAUUUUGGUUCUUAUUUUGCAAAAAAAACAAGCUUUUUGUAUUGAAACAAUCACUACUCACUAUGAUUCUAACUAGCUGUAAGUUUAAGUCAAUCUUAAUGUAGGCUCGCCUCCUGUUCCUCUCGCACUAGAUGUUUAUUUUGGAACAGUUUAAUAAUAAUCAUAAUCAUAAUCAUAAUUAAGUUUGGGAUAAUACAUCUUUGACCAAAGUAUAUAACAAACCAGCCCAGAUUUUUAUGAGUUAUUAAGUUCAGCUGGUAUAGAAGUAUUGUAUGACACAACUAAAAGCUCUACAUCUUAGUUAGGAAAUUCUUUCUAAAGAUAAAACAACUAAGGAACAUAUAUAUAAGGAGUGUAUGUUAACGAUAUAUUAUCAUUUAAAAGUAUAUAAGGAAAGUAUAAUUUUGCUUGUGUUUAAUAAGUAUAAAAUAUGUAUUCAGCGUUUUCUGAUGGUUAAAUUAUUUUUAAUCGAAUUUAUUAAAAUUUAUUCGAUUAAUUGUACUAACAAAAUGCUAUCAAAACUAGCGAUUAUAUUUUGAGAGGGUCUUAAUAUAUUGUACACCAAUCCGACGAUGUUAGCUUUCUAUAAAAUAGCAUUGAAAUUUCCUUCGAUUUAGAUAAAAAUUCAAGCUAUUAUGAUUUUCCUUCUAAUCCAAUGAUUAAUAAUAUUGAUACAUUUGAAAUAAUGAACUAUGGAAUUUACUUAGAUGGCUAAGAUGUAACAGACAAAGUUAAAACAAGGAAACUAUCAUUUGAUUAAAUUAAUAGCUAACGUGGCUAUAUAGAUGUGAGUACUUAUAUUCCUAAAGAUUUGUUUAAUAUUAUUUCGAUGAAAUACAAUUUACCUCCAAAUGGUUAAUCAUAUAGUAAUUGCAAAUAGUGUUAAUGCUAAGAAGUUGCAAACCUACCUGAAAUUGCCUUAAUUACUGAGUAAUAUAAAAUCACAAUUUAACCUAAUUAAUAUAUGUCCUAUAGAGAUGGUGAAUGCAAUUUUAAUUUAAUAAGUUCAGAUUCUUUCAAUAUAGCUUUUCCAUUGAUGUUCAAUAAUAUCAAUAUAAUGUAUUAAAAAUCAUCUAAUUCGAUAAAACUAAUUAAUGCAGAAUUAAUAAAUCACUUAAAUUUAAAUUCUAUCAUAGCUACUUUUUCUAUUUUUAGCGCAAUUAAUUUUAUCAGCCUUAUUUACUUUUCUUCAGUAUGGCUCUUAAAGUUUAAAUUAUAUAAAUCCGAAAAUCUUCACAAAAUAGAAGCUGCUAAUGUUUUUGAAAUAAAUAAGAAUAAAUGA